CUUUUAUUCUUUCUUUAUAGCUCUGAAUCUGGUCCUCGUUGUAGUUCUCCAGUGGAUACAGAGAGCAGUGGUUCUGAGGGACAUACCAAACAGAGCCAGGAUAAAUUCUUUAGUGCUGCGUCCCCCUGCGUGUGGAAUGUGUGUGUAGCCAGGAAAGCCCCAGUUGUUGGUUCAGAUAGCAGUUCUUCUGGUGGCUCAGACAGUGAGGAGGAAGAAAAAACUAAUAUAGUGACUGAAACCAUCAGCACUGGAGCUGGACAUGAAACUAUCAGACUCACCAUGGACACCAAGAAUGAGAAGGCCACAUUUAGUAGUAAUCCUGAUGGCUUAGUCAUUGAUCAGUUGACAAUUGCGGAUGUCAGAUGUACAAAGGAAAACCAUCCUUGUAGUAGUAGCCAGGAGGAUGCAUCCCAAGAGCAGUGUUCAGUUGCUGCAUGCAUCAAAAACACACAAGGCUCUUGCAGAGAAAAAAGCCAUGAAGAUGUUGCUCUGAAUUCUGAGACCACAUUGAACGGGCCUGCAUGA